AUUAAGUAGAAUUUGAAAUUUUUAUUGCAAGUUGCAAUUCAAAGUAAUUAUUUUUAUAUUAAUAUAAAUCCUGUGAGAGUACAAUUAAUUUUAAAAAGUUAAAAUGUCUCACAGUCAUUGUAAUCAUGACCACAGCCAUGAAAAUUUAGAUGAAAUAGGCAUACAAUACAAUUUAUUUGAGAAAAUUGAUAUAGAAAACCUUCAAUGUUUAAAUGAAAGUAUUGAUGGAGCUGGAAAAACUGUAUUUAAACCGUGGGAAAAAAGAUUAGAUAGAACACAGUAUGUUGAAAGUGAUGCAGAUGAAGAGUUACUCUUUAAUAUACCAUUCACUGGUAACAUUAAAAUAAAAGGUUUAAGAAUUUCCUCAGAGGACUCAGAUUCACAUCCAGCUAAAUUAAGACUAUUUAAAAAUAGACCAAAUAUGACAUUUGAUGAUGUGGCAAUGGAACCUGAUCAAGUAUUCGAUCUCCAGAAGGAUAGUGAAGGUGUUUUGGAAUACAGUCCAAAAAUUGUCACAUUUUCGUCGGUUUCACAUUUAACAAUGCAUUUCCCAACUAAUUUUGGGGCUGAAAAUACAACAAUUUAUUAUAUUGGUCUAAGAGGAGAAUGGACACCGGGGCAUAAGCACGGUGUAACUAUUUGCACAUAUGAGGCAAGACCGAUGCUUGAAGAUCAUAAAUUAAGUAAUAUAGAUUCUGUUUCUAAGGCUAUUCAAUAAAAUAAACUGUCAUAUUUAAAUGAUAAUUCCUAAUAAAAUCAUCUUAA